AUGGCACCGUACAAAACUCUGUAUGGGCGAAAGUGUAGAUCACCAAUUGGUUGGUUUGAAGUCGGAGAAGCGGAGUUGUUAGGACUCGAUUUGGUCUAUCAGACUAUGGAGAAAGUCAACUUGAUACAAAGGCAUUUGAAGACGGCUCAAAGUCGCCAAAAGUCCUAUUCGGACGUGCGACAUAGAGACUUAGAGUUCCAAGUUGAUGAUUGGGUGUUUCUAAAAGUAUCGCCCAUGAAAGGCGUUAUGAGAUUUGGGAAGAAGGGGAAGCUUAGUCCUCACUAUAUUGAGCUAUAUAAAAUCAUGCGAAGGAUCGGACAAGUGACUUAUGAGUUAGAAUUGCCACAAGAACUAGCUGCUGUACACCCAGUGUUUCAUGUGUCUAUGUUGAAGAAAUUCACGGGAGACCCGUCACUUGUGGUUCCUAUAGAGAUUAUAAGGGUUAAAGACAGCUUGUCUUACGAAGAAAUUCCAAUGGCUAUUCUUGAUCGUCAAAUCCGCAAGCUGAGAACUAAGGAAAUUGCUUCAGUAAAAGUGCUUUUGAGGAAUCAAAAGGUUGAAAAGGCUACAUGGGAAGCCGAAGAGGACAUGAAGUCCAGAUAUCCCUAUUUCUUUUAA